ACACACACCGGCCGCCAGUCCAGCCUGUAGCCGCCUGACGGGACACCUGGCCCGGACUGUUGGAGCGGGAAACACCGGUGGGAGAACGGCUCCUCCAGACGCACAAAAACUCCAGACACCAACUCUUACAGCGGAUACUUUACUUUUCUUUUGUCAAUCCUUUUUUGUGCAAGAAGAAAAAAAUACGUCGUCAGUGUGUUGGAAACUGCUCUGGGACACAAACACCCGCAUUUGGGUUGAACGGACUUUACGCACAUUUUUUCCCCCCCAAUUCCUUAUAAUUUUCCACUAAAACCACAAACAAAUAACACUAAAAAGUACUUUCCCAUAAUAUUAUCAUAUGAAAACAUCUGAAAUAUUCCACAGUUCUUCUUCUCGGAUCAGCUUUGUCUGAAUAUUAACAUAUUUUAUCCAUAUUUAUCCAUGCGUAUUUAUGGCUUCGAAAGUUUUAUAAUAUAAUCUAAAACACACUUUCAACACUCAGAAAGGUAUUCGUAUUCAGAGGAGUUAAUCUCGUUUUGGGGUCACUGAUAAUAACCCCCCACACACACACACACACACCUCCACCUCCACCUCCGGGCUCCUCCCCGGGGACGCACGGUAGACGCUCCCCGCCGGACGCGCACCAUGAAGCGGCCGUGUGAGGACAGCAGCUCGGCGGAGAGCGACGUGGAAGAGACCAUCGAUGUGGGCAGCGAGAGCUUCUACCCACCACACAUGAAGGCCUUCGUCCAGUGUGGGUCACCGACCACCACCACUCAAGUGAUGGCGAGGAAGAAACGCCGCGGGAUCAUCGAGAAAAGACGAAGAGACAGAAUCAACAACAGCCUGUCAGAGUUACGGCGACUCGUCCCCACGGCCUUCGAGAAGCAGGGUUCGGCUAAACUGGAGAAGGCGGAGAUCCUCCAGAUGACGGUGGAUCAUCUGAAGAUGCUGCAGGCCACAGGAGGGAAAGGUUACUUCGACGCCCACGCUCUGGCUCUGGACUUCCUGUCUCUGGGUUUCAGGGAGUGUGUGACGGAGGUUUCCCGUUACCUGACCGCCGUGGAGCGCCUGGACUCCGCCGACCCUCUUCGCUCCCGCCUCCUGUCCCACCUGACGUCCUGCGCCUCUCAACGCGACGCUGCCUCCCUCGCCAUGGCCUCCCACUUGCCCCUCCCCCACCACCAGCAGCCCCACCCUCUGCCACACCCCUUCCACCCCCACCAGUGGGCCGCGGCGGCCGCUGCUGUCGCCUCAGCAGCGGCGUUUCGCCCUCCGCCGUAUGGACUGAACGGGCUCCCUGUAUCUCCAGACGGAGGAUGUGGCGCCCCCCAGAGGCUGGCGGAGUUAUCACAGCGCAGUGUGGCCGACUCCGCCUCUUCCUCUCCUUCGUCCUCUUCUUCUUCCUCAUCCGUCACGCUGCCCUGCGCCCCCACCCCCCUGUCCACCUCCCUCAUCUCCCUGUCGGCGUCAGUGCAGUCGUUUCCCAUCAGCCUCCAGGGCGGUUUCCCCGUCUUCCCUCACUCCUCUUUCACCUCCUCCAGUCCUCCCAUCUCCUCCUCAUCCUCCUCUUCCUCCCAGAACCCUCACAGCAGCACCACUAAACCCUACAGACCGUGGGGAACUGAGGUGGGCGCUUUCUAACCAACAGAUCAGCUGAUUAACCUUUGACCCUUUUACGCCCAAAAACCUACUGACAAACCUCCUCCUGACGCCCAAACAACUGCUUCUAUUAACCUCCAAAGAACUUCAACCGUUUUCUUCCUGUUGAUCAAUCGUGUUCAUUGUGGGUUUUUUUCCGACUGUUCUUAGGCUACGUUUAGAUGGAAACGGUCUGAACCGAAAACACAAAAGUGGCGUCGCGUUCUCACUUUUAAUUCCGUAUUUUGGGGUAAAACUCUGCAUCAGACGGACACGCAGAAGUGUGUGAAAUGUCCUAUUUAUCGUUGUAGUAUGAACGCCAAGUGACAUUAUCACCACCAAGAACAAGCACCUGCGUAGAACCGAACUAUUUCUCUUCCUGUUCUCUGCUAGUGCGAAAUACAAUCACAAAGCAGGAAACAGAACAACAACAAGAUUCAUGACGAUUGCUGAAAUGACUCUUGGAUGUAAAUCAGAGCGGCUAGGGCAACUUGAAGGUCCGUCACAGAGAAAUAAUCCGACAUGUUGUUGUUUUCCUGUACCGGCACAUGCGUGUGAUGUAAAACCUACAUGACGAGAAAACAGAGUUUUGCGUUUUCAACCCUUUAGACCAGGGGUGUCAAACUUAUUUUAGUUCAGGGGCCA